UUUAGUCAACCAUUAAAUUUGUUGGUAUAUUUUUGUAUAUUUUUUAGAACGAACAUCAUAUUUCAAAAAGUUUCCCGUCCAACAAGGCAAAUAACAAGAAUUAUCUAAGAAGCAAAAUAAAAAGUCGUUUCCAAAAUGGCACUCAACAGUUUCAUCAAUGAAUUCUCGCCGCCUUCAUCAGCGACCCUGGAACAACCCGAUCUGACACUCGGCAGGACAGGAUUGAUGGUGCACAACCGACACAUUAUUAUGGAGUUGGUCAAUCGCAUCUUUGAUAAUGAACGCGGUAAUGUGGAGCUAUCCUCCUCUCAUUGCUCGAGUGUGGCGAAGAAAAGUUCGGAAUAUAGUUAUGAUAAUCGGCUGAAAUACUGGAAGGAUGUGCUGGAGCAACGGAAGCGGGUACAGGCGAGCAUACAGGAGAAGACUGGAAAGGAACCGGCGCAGGUUCUCUUCAAUCGUGCAGUUACAGUAGAUGAACGUGACAAGCAGACCGUGCGUCGUUUGAUGGACUAUGCUGAGCGCUUGAACCCCUUGACUAUUAUGCAUAGACGCGAACGCGUAUUACCGGAGUACUUUGACUGCAGCACCUGCCAACAAGUGCAGGAGUUACGCGAAACUUUGCCAAAGGCAGAGCGUGAUGGCGAGAAGAUAGUCGAAAUUACCGGCUUACCGUCGGUGACCAAGGAAGAGCUGUUGGGCAAACCAAAAGAGCAAGGCGGAAAUAAGAAAUCCGAUUGGUUGAGAUCGAAAGUUUUGGAGCAACGGAUUGGCGAAAAACGCGAGGACUUGGAGCGUGUAAUUGAAUUCUAUCCCGAUAUCGAUAAGCUGCAGGUGGUUGGCGAGAGUUUUGAUAAGAUGCAAACGCUGCGGCACAAUGCGGACAUACUCUACGUGGGCGAAGAACAAAUACACAAAAUAUCACAAGAUUCGAUUUGCGAGCAGAAUAUGCAAACUGGUGCUGUAGUGGAGCAACCGUCGCAACCCGACUGCGGCGUGCGCAUUAACGAGCAUGUCUUUCUACUUAGCGAAAAGCGUAGCGCCAAGUAUGUAGAGUUGGAGGUGCGCUUCGAGUGCGAACCCUUCGAAAAGGUCGUUAAGCGCGUUUUACAUCUCGAGAACUUGGGCAAAAAGGUGCUCAGCUUCGAGUGGGUCCAUCGGCCGUAUUAUGACAAAAAUUCCAAUCUUUUGAAAGGCUGCGAUGAUGAGUUCAUCUUCGAAAACAAGCCAUUUCGCCUCAUAUCUGGUGAGUACAUGGACGUUGUGGUGCAGUUUCAACCGCGUCGAGCGGACAUUACUAAACAAAAGUGGAUGCUUAAAAUCGAUCCACAAUUCUUCUGCCGCAAAGUGGAUGCAGUUGUGGUGCGCUUGAGCGGCAAAUGUAAGCCAGCGCCAGAAUAUAUUGGCAAAAUCCAUGCUGUGCAAGCGGAAGUAUUGGAAAAAUCCAACACGAAAAUGGUGCGCCAAAUAACGACGCGCUUAGCUUCACUGACCACGCUUAUUAAGCCGCCGGAAGUGAUUUGCCCCUACAAGCGUACACUCACCGAGCUGGAGCUCUUCGAAUUCACUAAUCCCGGGUAUCGCUGUGAACGCUAUCACGACAUACAACUGCUGAAGGAGCUCCAUCAACGUUUGAAGAAGCCACGUGAGCCUGCCUGGGACCUAAAUAUUGAAACGUUGAAGGCGCUCGUUCUACGUCAGGAAAGUGCCGAUAAGCGCGCUUUAUAUUUCAAUGAAAUGAUUAGUAUCUUGGAUCAAAUGCGUGGUAAGCCUCCUAUAGAGUUCGAGGAGAAAAUACUCGACAAUACGGAGCGCGAGCGUACUUGCUAUGUAUACGUGCGUGGUAUUAUUUCGGCUGGCAUUGAUGAAUGGGAAGAAUUGACGCUCACCAUAGAGGAAGCUUUUCUAAAGGUGGCUUGGAAGGAAUAUAUGGAAAUUCAAUAUACCCAAUCAGAAGACGGCGCUGGUGGGGAUGCUGAAAAUAUCGAGUUGCUGUUGAACGAACUUGAUGAAGAUGAAAUUAAAAUGUGGCUCGUUAAGGAGCUGCGCCAUCGUAAGGCGUUCCGUGAUACGCUCUAUAUGCAGACUUAUACUCAUUUAUGUAAUUUUAUCGAAGACAUUGUCUCGGUUAUCGAGAGCACAGACAUCGUUUAAGCAAGCGGCAACUUAUGGUAAGGUAACUCUCUCGAGUAUGAUUCGGUAGACAAAUGUUUCAAAAAGAUUUGAUUCCCAUCGUUUUCGAAGAUAGCCGAAUACGACUGAUCAGACGGGGUUCCUAUCAAUAUUUGUAUAAUUUUUAUAUUUUACUUGUACAUACAUACAACACAAAAUAAAUAUAGGAAAAAUUAUCGUU